AUGGACAUUCUUACACUUUCUCGCAGAGACAUGCUGUCAUGGCUGGACCUUCGAGCGCAAAUCCCCCCUCCCAAGAUCAUGGUCGGCGCCGCUAUCAUUCGCCGGGGACCUGGCGGCACCGAGACUUUGAUCCUCAAGAACAGGCCCAACCACGGGAUUAGUCGCAAACUUCAUGAAAUUCCUGGGGGUGAGAUGAAGGGCUCUGAUGACACCGUUGAAGACGCCAUCCUCCGAGUGGUCGCUGAGUCGGUCGGGCUCCUGGUAAUUGAUAUCGGGAAUUGCCUUCCUCCAACCCUAGACAUCCAGGAGGAGACUGUGGAGUAUGGGUCUGCCAAAGAAGAGGGUACUGCAGAGAAUGAUGCCGCAGGCCCGUCAGCCCAGACUACUGUGAUCAAGCGUCCGGUGGUCCACUUCAAUUUUGUUAUCAUCGUUGGAGGAGAUGGAAACGACUUCCAGCUCAACGAAGAGCACGAGAUGGGGAUUUGGGUUGAUGCAGAGAAGAGCGUCGACAUCGACAUGGGAGAUGCUAUGAGGAAGGUCAUCAACAAGGCGCUUGAAUUUAGCUACAUGUGA